CUCUCUCUCUCUCUCUCUCUCUCUCUUUCUGCAUACAUGAGAGUCUGUCCGCUGAUACCGGGGGCCGAGGACCGACCGACCGACAGACGGACCCAACAACUGACGGACCGACCGAGCCCUGUGUUGUUUUCCCGGCUCGCUUUUCCCGCAGAUGAUGGCUCGCUGUCGGACGCUUUGGACCGGGAUCCUCGCCCUCCUGACUGCCGGUGUUCCAGCUGUUCACAGUCUCAGCCACCUGAGCUCCAACCUGUGUAAGUGGUGCGAGGCGACCAGUCCGCUGUGCAAAGACAGCAUCUGCCUCAGCAACUGCAACCUCACGUCCUUCUGCAACGCCGUGGACGAGAUCUGCAUCGCCAUGUGGAGGAAGAACAACAACACGAUGACGGUGCACACCAUGUGUCAUAACCCCGCCCUGCCACUAGAGGGCGUGGACCCCCGCCUGCUGCUGAACUUCACCUCCAGGGAGUGUCACAUGGUCCCGCAGCCGGCCGAGGACGGAGUCAUGAUGGUCUGCGGUUGCCACGGAGAACACGAGUGCAACGACAAACUUAUCUUCGACAAGGGAGCUCACGGAUUCUCCAAGCUGCAGAGUAAAGAUGUGAUCCCAGUGGUGGUGGUAAGUUUGGUGCCUCCUGUCCUGGUUGCCAUAGUCGCCACCGCCGCCUUCUACUUCUACCGCACACACCGCCCAGACAAACCGGGCCCUCCUGCUCGCCCUGCCUGGCCCACCAAACGCACCCCAGAGCUGUACCAGGCCUUCGACCUGCCAUGUGGCGGCCUGGGGACUCGGGGAGAGGGCGGAGGAGGAGGCAGCAUGAUCGGUCCUGGAGGCCAAACGGUGGAGUCCAACACCAAGGUGCCGUCUCUCAACAACGACAUGACGGACUGGCAGGGGCAGUCGGCAGAACUGCUGCCGAUAAAACUGGAGGUUCUGGUGGGGAAGGGUCGCUUCGCUGAAGUGUGGAGGGCGUGCCUGCUGCAGGGGGUGACGGGCGGAGUCAACAGCUACGAAACAGUGGCAGUGAAGGUGUUCCCAGCUGUGGAAUAUGCCUCAUGGAGAAACGAGUGCUCCAUCUACUCCGACGCCAAGCUGGAGCAUGACAACGUGGUCCGAUUCCUUGCGGCGGAGGAGAGGGGCCCGCGUGGCCACCCACUCAGGAAGUACUGGCUGGUUUUGGCCUAUCACAGCCUCGGGAACCUGCAAGACUUCCUCACGGAAAACAUCCUCAGCUGGGAGGAACUUGUUGCCAUGGCAGGCAGCAUAGCCAGAGGGGUAGCUCAUCUCCAUAGUGACACAACGCCCAGUGGGAUACCGAAGGUGCCGGUUGCCCAUCGGGACCUAAAGAGCAGUAACAUUGUGGUGAAGAGCAGGACGGAGUGCGCCCUGUGUGACUUUGGUCUGGCGUUACGACUCGAGCUCUCGCUCACCGUCGAUGACUACGCCAACAGUGGACAGGUUGGGACGGCUCGCUACAUGGCGCCAGAGGUGCUGGAGUCCCGGGUGAACCUGGAGGACUUGGAGGCGUUUAAACAGAUGGAUGUUUACUCCAUGGCUCUGGUGCACUGGGAGAUGGCGUCCCGCUGCCACGCCAUUGGGGAGGUGAAGAACUACGAGCCGGCGUUUGGCUCCAAAGUGUGCGAGCAGCCGUGUGUGGACAGCAUGAGAGACCUGGUGCUGAGGGACCGAGGACGGCCAGACAUCCCCUCAGCAUGGACACAACACCAGGGGAUGAGCGUCUUCUGCUCCACCGUCACCGAGUGCUGGGACCACGACCCCGAGGCCCGGCUCACGGCGCACUGCGUGGUGGAGCGCUACAACGUCCUGCAGCAGGAAGCUGACGAAGACCACCGCGAAGACAACCGAGGAGACAACCACGGAGAGAACCACGGAGAGAGAGAAAAGGACUCAGAGACGCCGGACAAUGCUGACAAUUCCUCGCCCUCCUCCUCUUCCCUUCCCUCCCUCCACACUCCCCAGCCGGACUCAAGGACGGGCGGUGCUGAGGUAUCCCACUCUGGCUCUGUUGUGUGAUAACGUGGACCCACGCUACGAGCCCUGCUUCCUCCCGUUACGGUCUACGUUCACACUGUCUGUCAUCUGUAGUUUUUACUCCGGCUGAUACUGAAACAGGCCUGCAGCAGCUGAGAGGGAACGGACUGAUACGUGGCUUAAAAAAUGGACAUAAAAAUUCUUCUUUUGACCCUCUUUCCUCCUGUUACUGGCUGCAUUCACACUGUCCAGGGUUUCCCCCAAAAAAGUUGUUCAGCCCUGUGGCAAGUGUGAAGGGCCCGGCUCGGACCAGUCACAGACUGACGGGAAACUUCCCCUAGAAAUCUGGACUGAGGACAUCAGUCAUAGUUCUGCUUGCGGAGAUAAACAUUUAAAAUGUUUUCAUGUUGUUGGAGCUGGUCUCCAUUUGAUGUCGUUGUUUUAUUCUUUAAUAGCUACUGUGAUGAUUAAACUAUAACCUACGUGUAUGAGUAAACAGGAGAGAGAGCUCUUUCCUAUUUCUGUGUCAUGUCAUACUUAAAUAACGGCAAAAAACUGGACCUGUUGCACCUCUACAGUUUUAAACACAAAGAUCUGAAUAUUAAUCUGAACACUGAAGGAUCAAGAGAGUAAAAGUUACUUUUUCCAUCCAGCAUGAGACACAAACACAGAAAACCACUAAACACAGGAUCUCCACACCAUGUUUGUUUGUUAUGUAAUAAAGUUUGUUUCUGUGAUUGACUCAUAA